AUGAACUCUUUCCUUGCUUCUCUUCUCUUUGCUGUCUGCCUGUUGGUCUCUUCUCAUGCCUUCAUGGCCAUUCGUCAUCCUCAACAUCACUUUGGUGUUCAAUUUUCAACAAUCGAGGAUCAGUCGCCCUCUUGCUUCUCGUCAGUUCCAAAAUUGAACGAAAUCGAUCUAAUGGCGAUUGAAAACGCUGCCGAAUUGUGCAUGCACUCUGAUAAGGCCAUUCGUGAUACCUGUGAUAUGGAGCAAUACGAUGCCUUGGUUUAUAGAUUGCAAGCCCAACGGGCCAUGAUGCUCGAUCAAGUGGAAUACAUUGAUGAUUUGUUGAAUCGAAUGCAGGGAAACAGUGCCAUGAUGAUGGAUGAUUUCAGUGCCAUGAUGAUGAUGGAUGAGAACUGA